UAUGCCCAAAGCGAAGGAUAAAACUAAAAGAAGAAGAAUUGAAGAGCUAGAGGUACGUUAUGAGCUUUACUCGAGUUGAUUGCUGAGAAAUGUGAUGUAAAAUGCGGUGUUUCAUUUCUACAGGAAGAUUCGCCGCCCAGCCAAUCGCGAAGACGUGGUGUAAGGUACGUCUAAGUUAAAUACUAGAUAAAUUUUCCUCUAUUUGUUCUCCCACGAGGAAGGCUCUUAUGGAAUACAGAAGUUCAAAAUAAAAAUCCACCCCGUCCUAGUAUGUUUAAUGAACUAUACAAGCUACUUACAACCAGCUCUGACAACUUCCGAUUUGUAUUCUCGAUCGCGUGGUCAAAUUCAAAUUAAAGAAGUGAACACUCUUGCGUUUUGCGACGAUUUAGAGUUACGUCUUAUUUGUCUUUUAAUUCUGUUGAAUCCAAUAGCCAGCUAGUAGAUGACGAUGAAAUAGAAGAGGUUGACUGUACACAGACUGGAAAAUCUCAGAGUCAGAAAACACAAAACUACAAAGAACUCUCCAAAGAAGAAUUGAAGAGAAAGGUAUGCUGAAUGUCUUCAUAUGAUGAGCUGUAAUAUACGCACACUUUCAUGGUUCUUGCUCAUGAUAGGAGGGCAGAUGCAUAGCUGAUGUCACCAGACAACAUUUUGCUUUCUGUAUCAUUUAAAACAACAUGUUCAUGUUACUCUGGAUCUGGAAAGUAACAGAUCACAGAUGACACUAAAAUAUGUUAAGAGCAUCAUUGACAUACUUGGCUGCUCCUUGUAUGCGAUAUUUUUGUUCUUAUCACAUUAUCACAUCAUCUGGGAUUGGUAAUGUGGAGUCCAUUUGUCAACUCUCUCUCUCUCUCUCUUGUUUUCUCCAUUAUGUGCAUUUGAUUUUGGCCACAUUAUUUUGCCAUGUAUAGAAUGUUUUGAAUGAUUCUUUUUGUUGUUGUUGAUAUUUUUUUACAGACAUCUGAUGUUGCUAGGUAUUUAUUGUUCACAGACAGGAAAAAGUAUCCAGUCAAACGUGGAGGUACAAAUUUAAGAUGCAGUACCUUUGUCUCAAAAUGUGAAUAUGAAAAUGUGAACAUGAAAAUCUUGAUCAAUGUAGACCAUCUACAAGAUUUUCAAACCACAUGCAGAUCAUUUAAGAGCAGCAGCAAAAUUUAACCCUUUUACUCCCAAGAUCUGAUUGUUAAUUCUCCCCUCUAACUGGCACACAAUUCCUUGUAAAUAAGUUAUAGGAAUUUGGUGUUAGAUUAAGGUAACAACUUCUUCCUGAUAAGUUUGAGUAUUCUCAUAACCUGGUGGCUGGAUGAUGUAUAGAUAUUAUAUGGAGAAGUUGCAAGUUAAUAACUUGUGGGAGUUAAGGGGUUAAUCCUCACUGCAUGCAGGGUCCAAAACGUAACAUUACUCAAAGAAGACUCUGACCAGUGAUUGUCCAGUUCUCAAUUUUUUAUUUCUCACGGCAACUGAACCCCUUUACCCAUAAUUGUGACUGGCAUCUAAUUUCUCCUUACACUAUCACCCUUCAGUCAAAUAUUAAGGUUAUGAGAAUAAAGAAAAUUAUCACCAAUUAAGGAAGCUCCUGAUCAGUGAACAAAUUCUCUACGUCGGUACCUUAGUGAAAGUAUAAAGAACAGUAUGGAGAAUAUGCAUACUGAUGUUAGGAUGUGAAGGACUAAGAGAUGUGUGGAGAAAGAUGGAGCUUAAGUGUUGAUUAAGAAAGAGGUGAUGGUCAAAUUAUGAGGGGAAUAGUUUUGGGCUAGCCAUCUUACUGAAUACUGCUAUUUGUUUCAUAAUGUAGUCACAUUCUCUGUAGACCGUAACAGUGACAUUUUUGAUAGGGGAGAUAUGUGGGAUGAUGCUACAUUAUUGUGUUGUCAUUUUCAGUAGCUUGGAGCAAUGUAAAAGUCUUUACCUUUGCAAGCAUCUUUCUUUAUUGUUUUCUAAUUUUAUGACUAUUUUUUCUUAUCAUUAAGCAUGAAUGUACUGACUCCUUGUACUAAACUCUGCCUAUGUGAUCUGUAACUGUUUCAGAUAUAACCAAGAAUGUGCUAAAGGAACAUGCCAAAUCUUUUAAUGAAAUCUUUGACCAUGCCAAGAAAAACUUAAACAAGGUAUACAAAUACAUUUUGUAGAGAGCAUUGUUUCUAUCAGAGUAUCUCUGGAUUCAGUCUGACUUGUUCUGAUUGAGAGCUGUCACUGCCAAUUUCCUAUGCUGUUUGCCUUCCCUCAUCAACUCAGAAUUGAUAAUUAAAUUAUUUGUUUCACUUGCCAGCCAACAUACACAUAGCACAGCAGUUUCCUUAGAAACUGAUAGCCUCUUUUAUUUGUAUGACUGUAGGAAGGUUUAAAACCAAUGGAAUGGGAUUUUCAUGUGCAAAUAAUACACUUUUCAAAAUGAAUCUGCCAUACUUUUCAAUAAUCAGUAACGCCAUAACCUUAGACAUGUAAGGACCUUGUGUUUGCUGUGACAAGGUGUCUUUCACAAACACUCCACUUAACAGAUACCAUCAUUUUAUUUUUGCAGGUUUUUGGAAUAGAAGUGGAAGAAAUUGAUGUAGGAAAGUCAAGAGGUUAUAUUUUAGUGGAUGGUGUCAAAAGUGAAGAACAGCAUGAACUAAUUGACUGGUAAUUCAAUUUAAAUACCUUAUUCCCAAGAUAAAAUUAGUAAUUCUUAUUUCCAUGCUUCUAUAAUUCUGUGUAAAUUGGCUAUGAGAAUUUGGUCAUCUAUCAAAGUAUCACCCUUUGGCUCUGAACCAUUUAUGACUACCCAUGGAUGACUAAGACUGAAUUUGUCCGUAUCAUAUUUAGUCUAACUGCUAUUGUCUGAAAAAUAGCUGUAUUGUUCAUACACUGAAUUGUUCACUUUGGUGAUAAAAGCAUGAAACUUUUUAUGCUUAGUACUAAUCUUGUUACAAAUAAUUUUUGAUGUGUGGGUUGACUGAAAACCCUGCUGCCCUUGGAAGAUGGAUGGUGGUUAUGCACCAGAGCUGGCUAGAAUGUUUGAAGAGUUCUCACCAAUGAGAGCCAAACUCACCAUGAGCAAAACCCAACCAUUCAAAGUGCCUUUGCUAAAGAUGUAGUCAAUCUUAGUUAUGAGUCACAGCAUCCCCAGCAACCUGUUUUGCUGCGUUAAGGUAAGAUGGGGAUGGCAGCUCAAAAUAGUCAUAGGGUGUCUUUCUAGACAACUCUCUCCCAAGCCAAGGACUAGGCAGCAAAACAGGUUGUUGGUUAUGCUGCAAAUGCCAAAAAGUCCGUCUAACUUGCAUUGGAUUAGCAACUGUGGAGGUAAUUGUAACUAGUUUGUGAAACUCACACUUUGAGUUGACUCAGUUCAUAUCAAUCUCAAAAGCUUCCCUGUAAAUUCACAGUUUUCCACAACAUCCUAGUGUUUGUAAUGGCUAUAUAUGGUUAUUCUUACUGUAUCUUGGCCCUUUUCUCUAGUAUAGUACCAAUAAUUCUAUGAUGGACUUAUUUUCAACCUCCCCCUCAAGAUGUACAGUAGUAUUCAUUUCAGGUGAUGGGGGUGUUAAGAAAAUACAGUGCAAGUGUAGUAUCGAUUAAUAAGGAAUGCCUAAAUGUAAGACUUUUUCAGGGUUGGAAACACAUGAAAAGCCAGCAUGUGGCCAGACAUAAAAAUGAUAGUGGAUUGCUUGGCUUUCAUCAGUGAAGUAAACCAUUAGUAUAUUCCAGCACAGGUGCCUCGAUCAAGAUUCUCAAAAUUGAAAGAAAGGACACUUGAUCACAUUUAAGGCAAUUAAUGACACAAUAUAUCAUUUGUUACUGAUAUAUCAGUUUCAAGUUUGUUUUAGUGCUCCUAGACGAUUUCAUUAUCAGCCUCAUUUCCGGGUUGGCAAUUUCAGGGCAUGUUCAGAGCGUAACCUAGCUUGGAUCCAUACAAUGUAUCAGAAAUGAUAUGUUACAGGAUUAGUAGCAAGCAUAUCAAGUUUCAUGCUUUUAUCACAAAAGAUGGAUGAUAGCAGCUAGACUUCAUAUCAACAGAUUAUCAAGCAGAUAAGUGGUGAGAAUAGCAAAAAAUAUCAAUUAGGGGAUCAUUAGUUGAUCCCACACCAAAUUCUCAGAACUAACAACAUAAGAAUUGCAUGACAGGGAGUAGGAAGAGUAACUAAUGAGAUCUUGGAAGUGAAAGGGUUUAGUGCAUCUAUCCUCAUUACCCUGAGAUGAGUUGUCAGAGAAGUUAAUUGCUACUGGGAGGUAGAUUUUUUACAUACUGUUUUAUAGAAGACCAGCCAGGGAGGAUCAUAUCUUCACUUCUUUUAUGAUACUUGUGUUUUAGGGGAGAUGAUCUUCCCAAGAUGGGUCUGCUGAUGGUUGUGUUAGGCAUGAUUUUUAUGUGUGAUCAUGUGAUCACUGAAUGUAAGUACAACUGAGGUAUUUUUGACUGACAGGAAAACUUACUGAUAUCUACACUGUUUAGUAUGAUAAGCUGAAUUAUCCCUUUAACCUUAAAGAGUGAUCAGCUUCUAAUUUCUCCUUACAAUAUCACUCCUGAAUCAAACAUAAAAGGUCACGAGAAUCAAGGAAAUGAUCACCAACUUAAAAAGCUCCUGAUUUUUAAACAAAUUCUCUUUGUCAGCACUUCAGGAAAUGUAUAGAGAACAGUAUGGAGAAUAUGCAUUCUGAUGUUAGGGUGUAAAGGGUUAUAUGUGUAUUUUGAAUGGUUCUUACUUAUGAUCUAUAGGAGGGCAGAUGUGUAAAUGAUGUCACUAUUAACAACAUUUUGCUUUUUUAUCAUCUAAAAAAAAAAAAAUCCAAGUUGCCAUGGGUCAGUACUGUAAUUGCUCACAGUAGAAAUCAUAAUGUGGUAAGAAAAUCAGUGAAGUAAAUGGCUGCAACCUUCUGUGCCACCUUCUUUUUCCUACCACAUUUUUGUGUCAUCUGUGAUUUAUUACUAAUUAUAUAAUAAGCUCAGUUAUGUACGCAUUCUGAUUGGUUCUCACUUAUGAUCUACUGGAGGACAGAAGUAUAGAUGAUGUCAUCAUUAAAACUUUUUUUCUAUAUAUUUUAAUUCUUUAUUAUAUAAAACAAAUAGAUUCCAAGUUGCUGUGCAUCUGUUCAGUAAUAGAUCACAGAGGACAUCAAAAUGUGGUAAGAACAUCGGUGACACACUUGGCUGAGCCUCGUGUGCCACUUUUUUGUUCUUACCACAUUUUGACGUCCUCUAUGAUCUAUUACUGAACAGAUGCAUGGCAACUUGGAAUCUAUUUCUUAAACAGAGGCAUGGCAACAGGGAAUCUAUUUAUUCAUUAUUGUUAUUCAAUAACGAUAUGUAAAAAAACACUGACUUAAAUAUAUAGUGGUAUCCAUGAGUCAAAUGUGAUAACCAGACCCAGCAGCUAGGAGAUAAAGAUAAAUAACACUCUGGAAUGGCUUUGAAGUUUCUUGCUGGUACCAAUAUUUUACAAUUUGACCUCAGUGUACAUAGUAUCGAAUAUCUGGUGUCAAUAUUAGCCCAUCCAUACAAUUAAUUACUUUAUAAACACCAGUGUUGUCAUCAGCAAUAUAAUCAUUAUUAUUUUGUUAUUAUCAUCCUCAUCAUUAUCCUAGUUCCUCUUAAGGGUGUUGUGUAUUAAUCUGAGUUGUGCCAUAGAUGUACAUGUACUGCUUGGCAAGAGUUACAUAAGUGUACCUUAACCCUCUAACUCCCAUGAGUGACCAAGAUAGAACUUCUCCUUACAAUAUAAGUACAAUGUCAAGUAGGAAGGUGAUGAGAAUAGAGAAGAAUAUAACUUGGGGGACUUUAAGUUGAUCCAAUGCUAAAUUCUCCCAAGUAAUAUCAAAAGAUUAUGUGGCAGACAGUAAGAAGAAAUACUAAUUAGAUCUUAGGAGUGAACAGGUUAACAAAUUAUUUCACUGGUUGUACUGUCUGUUGAACUCUCUUGUACAGCAAACAGCAAACAGCUUGUGAAAUGAUCUUAAUUUUGCUGUUUUGUAUUGUCGGUUGUAUUCUUGGGAGUGAAAGGGUUAACAAAUUAUUUCACGGGUUGGCUUGGCUUAUGACGUCUAGUUUUAAGUAGUGUAGUUUGAUUAAUUUCAUUAUAAUAGCUAUUAGCUUUUGUAUUUUACAGUUUAAUCAUUGUUGUACAGCGCUUUGAUCCAUUAGUGGACACAGCCCUCUAUAAGUGUUUUUAUUAUUUAUUAUUAUUAUUAUUUUGCUUCUUUCUAGCAAAACUUUGGCACAUGCUGAAGAAGCUUGGUAUUGAACCAAAGUAAGUGCACAUUGAAAGGAAAGAUAUUUGCCAUUUUUUCUGAAUAAAGGGGGUAAGUUUCUAAAGAAACUGUGGUGCUGCAUCGGUGGGAAAGUAUAGCAGGUAAUUUAGUGUUAACAACUGAGUUCAAAAUGUAAAUUAGCCACCGUAAAGGGUAAAAAAGCUGACAUUUCGAGCGUUAGCCCUUCGUCAGAGCGAUUGGAGGAAUUGUGGGUUGUAUGUGGGUUUAUAUGUACAAAGUGGAGCUACACCAUUGGUGGGAAUAUGGUGACAAGAAAACAGGAAUAACUUAGUUGAAUGAAAAGCGCUUGUUGAUUCCGUGGGGAUUAACAAUCAUAAAACUUCAGUGGUCAAGUGGUCAUUACAAAAUAUGUACCAGGGUCAGAAUUUUAUACUUUCAUCCCCAUCUCUAUUAUGCAUGUUUUGUUUUUGUUUUGGUUUUUGGUUUGGUUUUUGUUUUGGUUUUUGUUUUGGUUUUUGGUUUGGUUUUUGUCAUAAUUUGUUUAUACAUUUAUUUGUUUGUUUGUUAGGAAAGAGCAUGAAGUGUUUGGUGAUUCAGAAAAACUCAUAUCACAAGAAUUUGUGAGACAAUGGUAAGUUCAAGGUGUUUUUUCAGGGUGGAGGUGAUAACAACUCAACAAUCAAUAGUACAGGUACCCCCUUCCCUCCCCUCUCCCACCUUAAUCUGACCUGUGGAUUCUUAAAUACUUAUCUGACACCAGUGUUCUUGCAACAACAAAAUUACAUAUACUCAAUUUGCAGAUUUCCUUUGUAUAACCAUGAGUUAAAGGAAUGGGGGCAUGUGUUGGUUGAGAAUUACUUGUUGACCCCUCCUCCCCUUGAUAAAAUUCCUGGACUGUUCAGCCCUAACGUGUAUGAUCUUUGCCAAUCAGACAGAACACACUAAAGCCAGCAUGGUUUGAUGCUACUCUGGUUUAAAGAUUUAGUUAAUAUAACCUUGAAGUUUAAAUUCGUAGACUCAUCAUUUUGACACUCCUGUCUAGUGCCUUCAUCAGGGGUGAUCUAAUCACUGCAACAAGAGGUCCUUUUAUAUAUUGCAGUGAUUAGUUAGUCCCUGUUACAUUUAUUAAAUCUUCAAACCAGAGUAGCAUCAAACCAUGGUUGACUUUCCACCAGGUUGCUUGUGAACUUUAAUAUAACACACUAAAAGCUAUUUUCCUUGCAACUGUUUUAGUUACUUGGACAGAAAGAAAGUUUUGGGAGGUGACGAGGCUGCAUAUGAGUACAGAUGGGGAGCAAGAGCAGAGAAGGAGCUGACCUGGAGACAAGCACUGAAGUUUGUGUCUGAGGUAUGCAGCUGACAAACUUCAUUUUGUAUUUUUGUAAUUUUUUUUUUCUUUAUUGGAUCGUCGAUACACACUAGUAUAAUUAAGUGUUGAUUAGACAAGGUUUACCCUUUCACUCUCAAGAUCUCAUUAGAAAUUCUCCUUGCUGUAUGCCAUACAAUUUCUAUGAUGUCUAUGAUGGAGAAUUUGGUAGUGGAUCAACUGGUAAUCCCAAAUUGAUUUUUCUUUAUUCUCAUCACUUGUUUGCUUGAUAUUGUGUUGAUAUCGUGAGGAGAAAUUCUGGCUUCGUCACUCAUGGGAGUUAAAGGGUAAAGAAAUUUAACCUCUUCUCUUAUACCGGUAUGGUGGUAAAUUCUGGAUUCAAAAGGGGUCAGUUUGAAGCGUGCACGGGAGAGUCUGAACAAGAAGAAUCUCCACUUCCGGUAUUGUACGAUUCGAAGUCUCUUCGUGGCAUUUCACUUCACUUCGUGUUUUGGCACAAAAAAACUUCGUGAUGUGAAUAGCAUUUUAAAGAUUGUUUAUAUGACAGUCUAGAUGUCCCGACGCUUGAUUUUAAUUUGGUGUAAAGGAGAACGGUUUUUACAAAAAGGAACACGAUCUACAUUUGUAUAGAAAGCGGUUCGUGCCACGCAACAGGAGUUUGUACACACUCACUGCUCGUUUAAGACUAAAUAUUUUCUCCAAUUACUCCUCUCUAUGACUUCUCAUAGAUCUAUGGUACCCAAAUGGAAGACUGGACUGCCCAAAUGAAGCAGAUAACUGCUAAAGAAGAAAGCGAUACGAAAGGCUAACAGUGAGAGGAUGUUGUAAUCUUCAAUCGGCAAACAGAAGGAAAUAUGGCGGACCAGCGCUGUCAUUUUAGGCCGCUCAUUUCCCUUGUUACUGGCCUGCUGGUCAUUUCCUUUGAAUCUCAGGCCAUACCAGAUUUAUUUGACAAAGAUGAAAUAAGUACCAAAUUGGAAACAUACGUACGUACUUUAUAUUGCACAAACUAACAUUUUCUACGCCAUAGUUACACUUACAUCCAUGUAAACACUAUUGGUGAAACUCUUUAGGUCAAUUUGUGGGUAAAGUAUUUGUAUAUCCAUGAUAAAUGAAGAUUAUAGCUAAUUUUCAUUGCUAUUGUUUUAUUUUAAAAAAAAGUUUCUAUGCGAUAGUUACACUCACUUCUAUAAAAGCACCAUUGGUGAAACUCGUCGGGUGAAUUUGUAAAUCCAUGAUAAAUGAAGAUUACAGUUUAUUUUUACUGAUAGUAUUUGAUUAACAAAAAAAAGAAGAGAUUUAGUCGUUGUUUUUCCAUCUUCGAUUGUAAAUUUUUUUCCUUCUACAGUAAUGCGUAGGGUUCUUAUGAGGUCUUGAAUUAGGAAAGUCUGCAAUCUAAUCUCCAAAAAAAUAGAGAUUACAUGGAAGACAGCACGAAGAGAGCUGCUAAUAAUGCUUUGUAUUGAGCAAGUGAGGUAUGCUCACUGAUUAGCUAAACUUACUUAAAUUACCUUGGACAAAGCGCUUUUGAAUCGCGAUCAGAGGAUUGUCUAAAUUUAGGCAUACCUUUUGACAAAUGUUACACUAAUAACGCCAUUUUGUUGAACUCAUUUCGUCGAGUCUGGAAGGUUGAAGAGGGGUUAAAAUAAAAGGUUAACUGUG